AUGGCUUGGUAUCCUUUUGGAAUAUACUAUCCCAGAAAAGCGGUGGGUCUUCGCGGUCCACCUGGAAUAGGGUUUAAACUCACAAACGAUGGGAAUUAUGAUAUGGGAAACAAGGUGCUGAAAAACUGUAAAGAUCCAGUAGACGCCAACGAUGUCACCACGAAGUCCUUCGUUUCCGGAGAAUUGGAGGAUUUAAAGCUGGAAAUUAGGACACUUUAUGAUGUUAUGACCAACAGAAUAGAGGAAUUAAAGCUGGAAGCUAGGAGAAGUAAUGAUGCUAUGGUAAACAGCUUUAAAAAUUAUUCGUCAGAGACUUCGAAGAAGCUUAAAAGCUUGGAAAUAGGAUUCAAGCAUACUGAAGAAAAAUUACAGGAAUAUACUCAAAGUGUUUAUGUAUGCGCAGAUCCUCCUGAAAGCGGGUACAGCAGCUCAAAAUUUCAGAAGGUGACAUUUACUUCGUUCAGUAAUAAUUUACUGAAUGGAGCACUCAUGACAUUGAAUGAAAGUGUAAAGGCUAAAAUAACCUUCUUCGCACUCAUAGAUAAUAAUGGUACUUAUCUUGAAAGUGUGGUUGAAGCUCAAAUUUUUAACGGCAGUCGGGAGGCAGCCUACGUAUAUAGCGUGACAUCAGCUGGCGUCACUUUCGUCAUCACCCAGUCCUGCAGCCGCGGAAACGUCAGUGACUGCGGCUGCGACCGCUCCAGGGGCAGUAGCACCAAGUCUGCAAAGUCACACCAGGGCGACUGGAAGUGGGGCGGCUGUAGCGUGGAUGUUAAAUUCGGAAUCCGACUGUCCAGGAAGUUCAUCGAUUCUAGAGAGCUAGAGGGAGACGCCCGUUCCCUAAUGAACCUCCACAAUAAUCAGGCGGGAAGGAAGGCAGUCAAACACAACCUCAAGACGGAGUGCAAGUGCCACGGAGUGUCUGGAUCAUGCACCAUGAAAACAUGUUGGAAGACCCUGCCUCCUUUCGGCCAGAUCGGGGACUACCUAAUGAAGGCUUACCGCUACUCUAAGAAAGUGGUCCCUCACUGGGGACCUCAAAGGACUCGCAAUCCUAUAGCCCUCAAGCUGAAGAAGUCGAAGAGACCCCACAGGAAACCUAGGCCACGAGAUCUGGUGUACAUCGAAAACUCGCCUAACUAUUGCGAAGUGGACUUGUCCAAAGGGUCUCUUGGAACAGUCGGUCGAGAGUGCAAUCGAUCUUCUUCAGAUAUCGAUGGAUGUGACCUAUUGUGUUGCGGCCGUGGUUACAAUACACACCAGUACACUAGAACGUGGCAGUGCAAUUGCAAGUUUCAUUGGUGUUGCUACGUUAACUGUGAUGUAUGUAAGGAGAGAACAGAGAAUUACGUAUGCAAAUAAGGAACAGUGAAAUUUCGCUCACAUUCCAGAAGCUUUUUCUUAAAGUAGAAGAUGCAAUGAAAUGAGAUUAAUGUUUUGAGGUUCACUAGGACAAAUCGAAGCAAAUUGUUUUCAUAUGUGCCAGUAAUGUUUGCAAAGGAUAUUUUCUGCCUAAUAAAAUACUCAGUAGGAUUUUAUUCUCAUUAGAAAUUGGACUGAAAAUUCAAAAUACCAGUUGAUUCCUUAAGGCACCUUUAUGAAAGUGCCAGUAACCUUAUGCAGAUCACGAAAUUAGAAUCCUCUAUAAGAUCAGCUUUUAACUUGCUAAAAGUAACCAUCAUAAAACCACGGGCAUCUUCAUGCGUUGCUAUUUCAUUUUAAAAUGCGAAAAACAAUCUGACUUGCACAAUGGUGCCGGCACCUUUAUGCACGCUUACUAUUCACCAACUUACAUAACAAAUCUUUGUAAAGAUGCCUAUAGUUUUAUGAAGGUCCGUUUUAAACUUAGAAGAAACAAAAAGGCAGUUUUCAUAAAGGUGCCAGUGCCUCUCGCCAUGCCACUCUUAUAGGAUGUUAAUCAUUAGGAAUUUAUUUUACUGCUUUCUUUAAUAAUGCAAAUGAAAAUAAAGUUGUCUAUUCUGUGGGUACCGGUAACUUUGUGCAAAGUGGCCACUAUUAACCAACUUAAAAGCCUACAUAAAAGUGCCUGGCGUAAAACUACCGGAACCUUUAAGAAGAUAAGAUUAAAAAUAAAAACUUUAUUAAGAUGCCACUCACUUUAUACUGAAUAAAAAAUACUGUGAAAU